AUGUCAUAAUAAUUUCAUUUUCUGAAAAAUUACGUUUUCUUUAAUGUUUUACGUUCUUUUUAAUGUUUCAUUGAUGUCUAACGCUAAUUCUUGUCCUAAUUUCGGUUUGUUUGCACUCAAUUUCGCAAAUUGUGUUAGUGAUUUCUGCCGACACUCCAAGGAUUUUCAAUUGGUGUUUUACAAUGAAUAUCAGAGAUCAUCCUCAUAAAAGGUAGCGAGUAGCGAGUGAUUUCGACGCCCACAAGACUUUGUUACAAGGGCUACGCAGUGCUUUUGGAUUUUUUUGGCGUGUUACGUUGAGAGAUGGAUAUGUGAUGAAGUCGGUGUAGAAAGUGCGUUGUAUGAGGAACAAUGAGCGACUCGCCAGGAGUGGAGUGGCUCCCGGCAUACAGCCCGGGGCCCCCGCGGCACAGUCCCCUGGGGCCCAUCCCUCGCUUCCUGUACGAGGACGUGCAGCCGCCGUCACUGCAACAGGAAAACAACAACAGGGAAACAGAGCUCUCACAGAACACUAAUAAAAUCAAACAUGCCAAGCCAGCCUACAGUUAUGCAAGUAUGAUCAGACUGGCCAUCAGCAGUUCACCGAAUGGCAAGAUGACACUUAACGAAAUAUACAAUUAUAUUUGUAAUGCAUUCCCCUACUACAAAGAGGCUGGGAAGGGUUGGAUGAACUCAAUAAGGCACAAUCUCUCACUGAACAAGUGCUUUAUGAAGGUGGCCCGAAGUAAGGAUGACCCUGGGAAGGGUUCGUACUGGGCAAUGGACAGCAGCUACAAAAUGGCAGAGGUCACGCAGAGACGCAAACGCAGCUUAAGGAUGGCGCCGUACAGUCCAGAAUGUAGCUCGAACAGCAGCGGCGAGGCCGGCGCGGCGGGCGUCGACGCCGCGCCCACGCCGCCGGCCACGCCCACCACCCCUACCACGCCCACAACGCCCACCACCGCCGUCAUCAAGGAGGAGCAGGCCGUUAAACUGGAGAACACUGAUUCAAGACACACAGACGACGCGUUAACGGCGCUCAUGAAUGAAGAGCUGAUCACAGAUGCUGACAUCAGCAGAGAAAGCUGGUGGUGGUCGGGCGCGCGGCGACACGUGUGCGUCGUGCGCCACAGCGCUCUCACUGACGACUACGGCAACUUCCUCGACACGCGGCACCACUGCGACUGCCCGCUCGACACCACGCCCACGACGCCAACGACGCCCACGAUGCCCACGACGCCCAUCAUCGCCGGGGAAGAGGUGGGCGUUGACGCUCUGCCUACGACGCCGCCCUGGCACGCGUUAUAACACCGCGUACUCCUGAUGCGUGAGUGUUGGAAAACUAAAUACUACGUGUAGCUGUAGGUGUAUACGUGAACAUAAUUAUAUGGAUUAUACAUUUUGGCAACCCUGUGUACUUUAUGACAGAUGGUGGUCAUCAAUUUUGUAAAACCUCCAUGUGAAUAACGCAACGGUGAAAGUUUUGAUGCGGAUCAGAAGAUAUACAAAUGUAAUAUUAUCAUGAAUAUACUAUCUGUGGAUUGAUUCACAUUUCAAAUGAGUCAAUAUCGUAGUUUUUUAAAAUUUUGUAUCUCAAAAAGAUAUCGGAAUUAGCUGGCUCUAAUUCUUUUGAAAAACACAAAGAGAUAAAUGUUAUGACGUUAAUUCUAUGACAUUCGAGGUACUGCGAAAGUUGCUCGCACAUGCUGAUUUGUCCUUAUCGCAUUUUACGUACGCGAAAGUGUGUUGCGUGCAGUCCUUGUAGCAACGUGCGAUCAGCUUUAAAUGGAUGAAGAGGUGAACUAAAACUGUUCACCCAUUCAGCACAGGUGCGGAAUUAGGCGCUUGCGUCAGUACUCAACAAUCAAAUUGCGGCAAAAGUACGUGUCCACAGCAUCGGACGCGCCGAAGAAACUCGAAUGCCUGCCGAAAGAGAUAUAUCGGUACGUGUCGCAUUUUUUCGGCACUUCCGGCGCAUAUCGAUGGGUGUGCGCGCCGAAUUAUGGCGCAAAAAUACUAGGGCUGCAGAUGUAAAUGACUGUAAAGAUGUUAUAGUUAGAGUUGGUACCACGUACCGCUACUAUAUAUUGUAGCACUAGGUCUAGCGUAAUAUGUAUGCCAGUAUUUUGAAAGUUAUAUCGAAAAAGGUUGAGUUUUUUUUUGCAGUUUUUAAAGGUUUUACGAUUUCGAAAACGUGCCAUCCGUGGAAAUGCUAAUUUAAUAAGAAUUUAAAGAAGCUCAUGCCCAAGGUUAAUAUCAGAAUUUUUCUUUGUGGCGUGGAAACCAGAAACACAGUAUAUGUAGUUUUCAAUGUGGUGUAUUCAGUUUGAAAGCGGGUUUACCGAGAUUUUUUUCUGCUCUAUUUAUUUAUUGGCUAUGUCAUAAUUGGAUAGUUUUCCUAUGUUUUAGUACGUACAAAUAAUUUUCUGCUCACCCUCAAAAAUUUAUUUUCCCUCAACUUCAGGUUUAUAGUUUAUAAACAAAUUAUUUUGUGUUGUAGACAUUCAGCGGUAAUUAACUUUUUGUUAACAUUUCCACUGAUGGCAAACAAACAAGAAAUAUACCAGUUUGUAAGUGUGUUCAGCUGUAAUAUAUAUACAUACAUAUAUAACAUAGUGUAUUUGUAGUAAACUAAGUUAUACCUAAAACGAAAAAUAGUUUAUAUAAAAACGAAACUUUUUUUAAAAAAAACAGAGUACAUGUAAAGUGUAAAUGAAUAACAUAUCUGCCAACAUAUACAUUAAUAUACCUAAUACAUAGAUAGUGGGUAGUUACCUCUACGUAAUAUCUUUAGUGUUUUGUUUUGAAUAUUAGAUAUUUUUUUAUAUGUACAGCACAUAGAAACUCCUAAAUAGAUACUAUUUACUCGAAAUUACGUGCGUUCGUAUUUUUAUUGACACUUGAGACAUAAAUGUUACGGAGGAAAUACUCUUCGAACGUUCUAGCAAUGGUACUGAAUGGUAGAUUUCCGUAAGAUACAUAUAUAUAUUUUUUUUUAAUAUUUUGCUAUUAAGAUCACAGUU